UCCCACUCCCCUCAACGCCGCCGUCACUCACUCCUCUUGCUGGACGCCGGCGGCGACCAUGGCAGAUCCUCCCCACCGCAGCCUCCCGGACGAGAUCACCAUCUGGGAGAUCCUCGUCCGGCUGCCCCCCAAAUCGCUCCUCCGCUGCCGCGCCGUCUGCCGCGCGUGGCGCAGCGCCACCUCCGCCCGCCGCUUCCUCCUCGCCCACCACGCCCUCCAGCCCACCCUCCCCCUCCUCUACGGCUUCAACUUCGUCGGCGACGAGGUCCAGUCCCUCGACAUCAUCCCCUUCCACCAGCGGGCAGGCGCCGGCCAGCUCCAGCUCCGGCCCGUCGCGCGGCUUGAGCAAGACUCCGACUUCCACCAUCUGGAGGCCUGCUGCGACGGCCUCCUCGUCUUCUCCUUCCGCAACACCAGCGUCCGCGACUGGCGCUUCGCCGUCUGCAACCCCGCUACUCGCCAGUACGCUCCCCUCCCCCUGGCUUAUGGCUCCGGCGUCGAGUACUCGCUCCUGGGGAUGUACCCGCACAUCCCCACCGGCGACUACCGGCUGUUGAUGUACCGGGCCUCAGCAUUGAUGCAUGGUGAACUGGUACCUGCCGCCGCUCAAGACGGCUCCUACAUCUUCACUUUAGGCUCCGGCCAGCCGCCGAGGCACAUAGGGUUCCUCGAUGCGGAGGUGCUGACAUAUACCUUUGGAUCUCUCCUGUUUCGUGGUAGCCUGCAUUGGCGCCCACCAGGCAACAUGAUAAUGGUGUUCGACACCACGACUGAGUUGUUCCGGCAGAUGCGCGCUCCGGUUGUUCUUGGCCAUGCUAAGUUGUUUCAGAUGGAUGAAAUGCUUGGCAUGUCCGGCUUUAAUGAUGGGGGGACAACCAUUGAUAUCUGGAUGGCGCAGGACUACGAGAGAGGGGUCUGGGCCUGCAAAUACCGGGUAGAGUUCUCGGUUGCAGACCUCACUCUGCGGUUUGGAAAGUUUGACGGAAGUUCUUGGGUGGUAGCCGUGCCUUGGGAUGGUGACGUGCUCCUACUGGUCAAUUUUGGUGAGUGGCUACUUCAUGUUGACAUUGGUGGCAAGUUGGUUGCUACUUUCCAUCGCAAAGGCCUCGGUCCUGCAAAUCUUCAGCUCAAGCAAACUCUUGUUCAACAUACCUUCUUUCCGACACUUGAGGGUUAUGUUGCCAACUCUGCGCCUUUCAUCUGACGGAUGUUAUAUCAAGUGGUGAUUCUAUCUAGCCCAACUGUCAGUAUCCUCAUGAGCUGCAGUGUGUAUCAGUUCGGUCCACUAUGAGCCUGCUAGUUUCAUUUUCAUGCAUAGACAAGUUAUGAUCAAGAAGCUUGACUAUUUCAUAGUUAUGUUUAUAUUUCUCUGAAUAUUCUUCUGGGCUGAAGUGGCUGCCGUAAGUCUUGAUGCUAAAGUUGCAAGUCUCUGUUUACUUAAGUGAAGAAUUAACUUCUCCUUUUAUCAAGGUCCUCUUUUUAUAGAUUACCAGUGCUCUUCUUAAUACUAAAUAAUUAGCAAAUGUAUAUUUGAUUUAUGUUUGUCUGUUUUGUUUUAGCUGACAAGAAAUGAGGCAGAUUAUCCUGUUUUAAUUAUAGUCAUUUUUUCAAUGAAAUGUUGUGCUGCAGUUCAUUUCUUUUUCAUGAUUCCAUUGCAUUUGGUUAGGUAUUGAGACAUACUGUUUUAAUUCUUCCUUUACGUUGUAUCAUUUGGAGUUAUAUUUAUCACUUCACUUUAUCUGUGACCAUUUUAAGGAACCAAUGAUUCAUGUGAUGUUUGAUCUUAACAUAAGCUUGAGAAAUGGAACCUUUAUAUUGAUAAGUAGUAGAAAGGUUCUCGUGGUCAGAUUCUAGAUUGUGCUCCACUUUAAAUUCUGUAAGUGUCAGCCAUGUUCUUUUGUCCUGUGAUUGGCGCAAUGCGUAUGAAUUGGGUCCACUAUGAGCCGGCUAGUUUCCUUUUAUGUACUGACCGUGUAAUAGUUGCAUGAAAUUUAUACUUGUGAAAAACUGUGAAUAUCCAUUUGGGCUGAAGCUGUUUUGGCCAGCUUUUGAAAUGGUUACCAUUGAUCUGUCUUGUGGCUCGGUUUUCCUUUGAACUGAAGAAUUGACUUGGUUUUUAAUCGAGAUUUUCUUCUUUCAGUCUUUCUUAAAGGUCAUCAGUGGUUUCAUUAUACUAAAUAUUUAGCCAAUAUACACUGGUUUCCUGUUUCCAUGUUUUGUUCUAGCUGAUGAUCAAACGGCCUAGUUGUUAGUAAUUUAGUAUCCUCAUGAGUCAUGAGCUGCUAUAUAAAGUUUGAGCCUGUGGGCUUCUGUCGAUGCAUAUAAAGCUGUGAUCAGGAAGCUCUUGUAAGAAGUAUUGGUUUAAACAGAAAAGUUGGCUGAUGAUACCAAUCUGUGGUAAUGCUAAGUUUGAUUGAUCAAGUUACUGCCAAAAAGUCAUUGCAAUGUUGUUGGUACUGUGAAGAAUACUUGUCAGAAUAAUUUGGUUGGUAGGAACAUACGGAGUAAUAAUUAGUCAGGCAUCCAUGGUCUACUCUUUCCUGAAAUGGCCUUGCCCUCACAUUAUCAUGCAUGUUCCAAUCUUGGGAGAAAAAGUAAAUUUGGUGGGUGGAUACAACCAGGAUUGCUAUCAUGGAUUCAUGGGUGCUCUUAUUUCAUGUCUCAGGUAUCAUGUGAAUCAUGGAUAUGGUGAAGAGUUGGUGUUCACAGUUAGGAGUACUUGUUUGCUGAUCUGUGCUUAUUUGACAAAAAAAAAACUCCUUCCAGUUUGUUUAUUCCGAGAUCAUUACGAGUUAAGAGCUGAUGCACAUUUAAGUCAACAAAAUUCGAAGGAGAAUUAAGGUUUGACAGUUGCAAAAAUCCUUCGUAAAAAAGCUGGAUUUGUAGCUGUUGAUUAAUUCAUCACUGAAAGAAAUAUAUUUAUUCACAUACACUAGAAAGCUUACGAGCAAUGCAUUUAUUGUCUUUAUCUUUUCAUAUUUGCUCUGUGAUCACUAUCAGUAAUACAUUUAACACUGCUCUACCUGAGAACAUCCACUUUAUUGUUUUCUUCAGCCAACAAGACACAUCAUACGCUGCUGUUGUCGCUGACCAGGCACCCUGUGCAUUCUAGAUGCGUUUCUUUGUUCCUGCAUGCAGCAAGAAGAAACAGGUGAUGGGGAACAAGAAAAAAUGUUAGAAGUUUAUCGCUGGAGCCUACCUUGCAGCCGGUAUGUUCAAAAUUCAGACUGCAUGACGAUGAACGUAUAACAACAGCAAGAUCCCACUAGCCCUGAGCAAGCAUAUCUUCAAAGCCAUGGAUCGCCUAUUUUUUGAGCGACAUGUGUGUAGAAAAUAGGUAUGUAGUCAAUAUAGAAAAUAGGUAUGUAGUCAAUACUGAGCUGCGGCUCCGACGACGGUCACCAGGGGGAUGAUACCUCAGGCAGCAAUACAAUAGUAAACUGACAAGCAGAAUUCGGGCAGAGUUGGUGUACCACUGUGUGAUUAAAGUCUGGGAUAGGACUGUCAUUGUCUCCGACCAACACCAGGAAGCUCUUCUGCUGGUGGCGCGCGCAUGCUCGGCAUAGGCCGAUUUCUUGAAUUAAAGAAUUGACUUUGCCUUUUAUCGAGGUCUUCUUUU